UGAGCCAGGUGGGAAGAAGAAUCUGCUCUGCGUUGGCCGUCGCAGUGCCCUGGAAAACGGCCGGAAUAAGCACACCCCCGCUCCGGAAGUGAGCGUCUUCUAGCGCGGUGCAUUGUGGGGGGCGUAGUCCUCCUUUCCAGGCGGUCCUUCGCGGCGUCCCCGGGGCCGACUCCCGAGCGCAGGCGGGCGGCCGGGCGGGCAGCGCAGCGCGGGCCGGCGGGAAGCGUAUUCUGGGCACGGGGCGCAGGGCCAGGCCGGCCGCGCCGGGUGGCAGUAGUGGGAGGCCGCUGAAGGCCUCGCGCGGCGCCGCCCGUCGAGGGGCGGGCGGCGGCAGGCCGACUGGGCCGUCGAAGGGCUCAGGAGGCCGGUGGGCCGGGCCGGGCCGCGCGGCGCAGCCAUGCCUGGGUUUACGUGCUGCGUGCCGGGCUGCUACAACAAUUCGCACCGGGACAAGGCGCUGCACUUCUACACGUUUCCCAAGGACGCUGAGCUGCGGCGCCUUUGGCUCAAGAACGUGUCCCGUGCCGGCGUCAGUGGGUGCUUCUCCACCUUCCAGCCCACCACGGGCCACCGUCUCUGCAGCGUACACUUCCAGGGCGGCCGCAAGACCUACACGGUGCGCGUCCCCACCAUCUUCCCGCUGCGCGGCGUCAACGAGCGCAAAGUAGCACGCAGACCCGCGGGGGCCGCAGCCGCCCGCCGCAGGCAGCAGCAGCAGCAGCAGCAGCAACAACAACAACAACAACAGCAGCAGCAGCAGCAGCAGCCGCAGCCGCAGCAGCAGCAGCAGUCGUCGCCGUCCGCCUCCACUGCCCAGACCGCCCAGCUGCAGCCGAACCUGGUGUCUGCCUCUGCGGCUGUGCUCCUCACCCUUCAAGCCGCUGUAGACAGUAGCCAGCCUCCAGGAUCCGUGCCGCCGGCGCCCACCACUCCCACUGGAGAAGACGUGAAACCCAUCGACCUGACGGUGCAAGUGGAGUUCGCGGCCGCAGAGGGCGCAGCCGCCGCAGCUGCCGCGUCGGAGUUGGAGGCUGCUACGGCAGGGUUGGAGGCCGCCGAAUGCCCUAUGGGCCCCCAGUUGGUGGUGGUGGGAGAAGAGGGCUUCCCCGAUACUGGUUCCGACCACUCGUACUCAUUGUCGUCAGGCACCACAGAGGAGGAGCUCCUGCGCAAGCUGAAUGAGCAACGGGACAUCCUGGCGCUGAUGGAGGUGAAGAUGAAGGAGAUGAAGGGCAGCAUCCGCCACCUGCGUCUCACCGAGGCCAAGCUACGCGAAGAACUCCGCGAGAAGGAUCGGCUGCUGGCCAUGGCUGUCAUCCGCAAGAAGCACGGAAUGUGAACGGGUCCCCCUGCGGCCUGUGGGACCCCCGGACCCCUGCCAGCCUUAGAGGAUCUCAGGCUGCUGCUGUUGAACUCCCCCAUACUCCAGGGGCAUUGGUGGAUAGUACUGAGGCUUAGGGCAGCUGGACUCUUUUGCUGGUUACCUGGCACCCUCUCUUGUUUCCUCCUGAAGCAAGAUCUUGAAGUCUGGGACCUCAGACUCUGCACUGGUGAUACCAGCAAUUAUGACUUUGUCUAUCCCUCAACCGCACCCCCAGUUUAUGUUGCAGGUUCUGGUUAAGCAGAGGCUUCAGAACCACUGAACUUGAAACUUACCCCCUAAGGAUGCAGGUGGGAUGCCCAAGGACUGUGGGUUUGGGAAGACAACACCUUGAGGUUGGCCAGCAAUCAGAGACAACUCUUCUGUGCGUAGUGAUAAGAGCUCCAAGUAACAUCAGUUCUCCUAUUCAUGCUUUUCCUUCCCAGGUGCAGCCUGUGAUUCUGAUGGGGACUGGCAGAUCUAUGUCUCUGUCUCCUAGGACCUCCCUCCCCAAGAGGCCAUCUACUAAGGGAUCUAGGUGACCUGCUGAUGGAGAUCCAGCUUGCCAGGGACUUAGGUUUAUCCUGUUUUGUUUGCUACUGGUUACAAAUUCUAUUUUCUGUACAAUUAGUCAGACUAAAGUUUUCACUGUGUUUGUUUGGCAAAACGAAUUAAACAGAAAGUAAGGUUUUUA